UCAACAAUUUUUUUGACUCUUGACGUGAGCGAGUACGGUUGUUAGAAGCCGUCGAUAUGUCGUCGAUUAAAUUAAAUUUAGUAUUGUGCAGUGUAUUAUUAUGCAUUUUGGUGUGCGUCAACACACAGUCCGUGCACAGACGCUUUGAAUACAAAUAUUCGUUCAAGCCGCCGUAUUUAGCGCAAAAAGAUGGAUCCGUUCCUUUCUGGGAGUACGGAGGCAAUGCCAUAGCAUCAGGGGAGAGCGUCAGACUGGCGCCGUCGCUCCGGAGCCAGAAGGGAGCGAUCUGGUCGAAGCAGCCGCUCAACUUCGACUGGUGGGAGAUCGACAUCAUGUUCAAGGUCACCGGACGAGGCAGGAUAGGAGCUGAUGGGCUGGCGUUCUGGUACACCACCCAGCGCGGUGACUACACGGGCGAGGUGUUCGGCUCCUCGGACAGGUGGAACGGUCUGGCCGUCAUCUUCGACUCGUUCGACAACGACAACAAACACAACAACCCGUACAUCAUGGCCGUCCUCAACGACGGCACCAAGGUCUUUGACCAUAAGAGCGAUGGCUCCCAGCAGCUCCUGUCGGGAUGUCUGCGCGACUUCCGCAACAAGCCGUUCCCGACGCGCGCCCGCAUCGAGUACUACCUCAACACUCUCACUGUCUACUUCCACAAUGGAAUGACGAACAACGAGGCGGACUACGAGCUGUGUUUCCGUGCUGAGAACGUAGUGCUCCCCCGCGGAGGAUACCUCGGGCUGUCGGCCGCCACCGGGGGCCUGGCCGACGACCACGACGUCAUACAUCUACUCACCACCUCGCUCCACUCGCAGCAACAGACUGGCGGCGGUCAGCAGAUGAGCACUGACGAGCAACAGAAGCUGUCGCAGGAGUACCAGGAGUACCAGAAGAAGCUGGAGCAGCAGAAGGAGGAGUACAGGAAGGAACAUCCUGAUGAGGUGCGCGACAAGGACGGCGAGUUCGACGACUGGUUCGAGUCGGACGCUCAGCGCGAGCUGCGACAGAUCUUCCAAGGACAGAACCAGAUACACGACGUGUUGAGGGGACUUAACAAGAAGGUUGAUGAGGUGAUAGGCAAGCAGAUGAACUCUCUGUCGAUGUUGACGGCCGUGUACUCCCACACGCAGGGCCAGCCGCUGCAGCCCGGCGCGCCGCCCGCGCAGAUGCCAGCGCUGCCAAUAGGCCGCCACGACUGGGACGCGCUCGUUGCCAACAACCAGAUCAUGAUCAACACCAUCGCGGAGCUCAAAGGCUUCAUAAUCGAGGUGUCUCGUAAAUCGGACGCGAUGGUGGCCGGCGGUGGCAGCGGUGGCAGUGCCAUCAACCCUCAGUUCCUCAACGAGAUGAGAGACUCCAUCAACCAGGUCAAGGCUACCGUCACUGGAGUCGCGCAGAGGAUAUCGUCGGGCAGUCCCCAGUCGCAGCCGCAGUCGUCGUGUCCGGAGGCGAGCUGCGUGAGCUUCACCGGCCUCCUCGUCGUCGUCGCCGCGCAACUCACGCUCAUGUUGUUCUACGCCAUCUACAAAGAAAGAAAAGAAGCACAAGCGAAGAAAUUCUUCUAAAGUUGUCGUUAGUGAGUCGCUAGGUGGCGCCACUAGUUUCAUGCAACUAACUCACCCCGGGCUUCCGUUUCCGUCAGAAAUAUUAUGUUCAUACUGUUUAUUAUUAUUUAGUAUUAUUUUUAUUUUUUACUCUGGUAACACUUGCUAGUAUAUUUUUGUUUACUUGUCAUACUAUUCCGAGAUUGUAAAGUAGAGCUAAAUUAAACUUUAAUUCUUUAGUAACAAAGUAUAUUCUUCCUUAAUACUUUGCAUUUAGAUACAAAAAUUCUUACUAUUGCAUUUAGUUAUACAAAAAUCAAGUUAAAGUUUAAUGUAUUAGGGUCUAUGUUCCCUAUUAGCUCUACUAUAGUAUUAUUAAUGUAUAUAUAAACAUGUUCUGAAAAUCUUCUCAAAGACCAAUGUAACAUAUCAUAAAUGAUGUCUAUAGACAAUUUGAGUUUUUUAAAUAUUAUAUUGUUUUAUUACGUAUUGAACAUGGGCUCAAAAUAAGAAAUAAAUAUUCAAUGCGAUAUAUUACAAUAAUUUUUCAAAUUAUCUAAAAAAGUAACAUUCUAUCUUUGACCAUUUAUUUUAAUACUUAUUGUCUUUAAGUGUGUUUAUUCCUUGCUGUAUAUGUAUUUAACUUUAGUACAAAAUAUGUCGUUAAUCUGUCAAAUGUUUCAAAUGAGUUUCAACCUUAUUGCAUUACUAGCUUUCUAGCCGUAAUUUAGUCGCGUAGAAAUUGUUAUAUAUUGAUUCUUGAAUAAUAAUUUCAGUAUUUAUUUAAUACUAGCUACUCCCGCGCGAUUUGACUCGCUGCUCGGCUCCUAUUCAUCGUAGCGUGAUGUUAAGCCUAUUUAAUUCAGACAAGUUAGUAGUGCAUGAAAUUCCCUUUACAAAGGCCGACAACAAAGUCAAAGUCAAAAGUCAAAAUCAUUUAUUUCAAUUAGGCCAGAAUGACACUUUUGAACGUCAACAAAAAAA